UCCUCUCUCCAAAGUCCUCAUGCGAGCUAUAAACGGAGAACUCUCCUUCAUUGUUUUCCGGGCCGCUCGUCUCUGCAGCUUUUCAUCAAUCCUCUCUCCCCAAACGAGAGCGAUUGUUGACUAAAAGAGACUAGAACUGAUUCCUCUUCUUGGGUUUUCCCUAUAUUCAUCAUUUGGUCCCAUAGGAUUCACUCUUUAAAUCGCGCCAUUAAAAACCAUAAGCGAUUUCUAUAGAGAGAUACGGAUAUACGGAGUGUGUAUAUAUAUAUUUGACGCCAAUUUUGUCUCUGAGUAGGUGGAAAAGAGGGGUGGGGAGCAUAAAGAUUGGAUUUUUAAGGGAUUUCAAUGGAAGAUAGUUCCCACAGCGCUGUUUCGAGCCUUCUGUGUACAGAGGACAGCGGUAGCAUAUUCUGCGAUGAAGUUGACGGCGUGGGAAAUGAGUUCUUGGGGGAUGAGUUUGGGGAUAAAUGGUUUCCUAAGAAUCAUCGGACCAAUCUGUGGGAGAGUUUGACUGGUUUGCCUGUAUAUAGUGAGGAGUGUUUGGUUUGGAUGAUUCACAGGGAGAGUGAGCACUUGCCUGCUUCUGAUUAUUUGACAAGAUUAAGGACUGGGGAUUUGGUUAUUGAGGCUAGAGUUCAGGCUCUUGAUUGGAUUUUUAAGGCUCAUGCGCAUUUCAAUUUUGGACCUCUGUGUGCAUAUUUGGCUGUGAAUUACUUUGAUCGGUUUCUUUCGGCAUAUGAGUUACCUAAGGGCAAGGCGUGGACAAUGCAGUUGCUAGCCAUAGCUUGUCUGUCUCUUGCGGCUAAAAUGGACGAAGAUGGAGCCCCGUCGUGUUUAGAUAUACAGGUAGGGGAUGCUAAUCUUGUGUUUGAGGCUAAAGCCGUGAAAAGAAUGGAACUUCUUGUGUUGAGCACGCUGAAUUGGAGAAUGCAAUCUGUCACUCCAGCCUCGUUCGUAGACUUUUUCUUUAAGAAGAUAAAUGGCGACCGGGAUGCUUCGAGAUUUUCAAUUGCCAAAUCUUUACAACUUGUACAAAGCAUGCUUAAAGGAAUUUACUUCUUGGAGUUCAGGCCAUCUGAGAUUGCAGCAGCAGUGGUGAUCUCUGUUUCUGUGGAAACCGAGGCAAUAGACAUCGAGAAAGCUUUAUCUGCUCUCACUCCUUAUGUACAAAAGGAUAGAGUGAUCUACUGUUUGAAAAUCAUGGAACUACCUCUGCUAAGUAGCUAUGGCAAAGAUCUGAGGGCUUCAAUUCCUUUUGUGCCUCAAAGUCCAAUUGGCGUUCUUGAUGCUGCGUGUUUGAGUUAUAAAACUGAUGAUUCGGGUGUUAAGAGAAGGAGGCUAAAUGGACCCCGUGAAAUGGAUCAUACCACAUGAUUUUGCAUCGAUAUAUACCUACCCUUUUAUGCUCGAAUCCUGUCAGUCGAUUUGAUAGCAUUUUUGAAUUGGAACUUUGGUAUGGUUUUUAAGUGUAAACCUCAGAAGAACUUCACAGAGGAUAAAAGGCAAUGAAGAGAAUAUGGCGGUAAAGAAGGCGUUUUUGGUAUUUGGUUCAUUGGUGGUUGCAUUAUUGAAGAUGUAGAAUGAGAAUUAUGAAGAAGUAGCUGAUAAACAAUAAACUUUGAAGCUUUUGAAGGCAAAAAGGUCCAGUAUAAAGGGGAGAAAAUGCAGGAGAAUAAUAUACUUUUCUUUUCUGAGUUUUUGAAAUUUCAGGUAUGUAUUGAAUUCCUUUAAAGGUUUCUAUCACAACCAAGAAAAUAGAAAUAAAUCCAAAAUCAGAAGGAAGAUGCUAAAUUGUUUAUGAAUAAAAGAUGUUUUUUCUGAAAA